AUGCAAAACGUGAGACUCUUUUUGCGCAUCUUGACUUUUACUGGCUGCUUUGGUGGCACCAACAGCAGAUGUGGCGGGUUUGCCUUUCAAUUAUCGUACCGUUUUGGCACAAGUGUUGCUGGUACUUACUACUCCGAAUCGGAUGUGGCUCCUGGGGGGUCAAUGAACAAUGAUAUGCGCUUGGGGCUUGUGAUUAAACCACAGAGCACGCUUGUUGAAUUAUGGGAGCAGGCUGUGAAGGUGUGGCCAUUACGGCGUUUUCUUGGAACAAAGAUGUGGGUGCGUGGCCAAUUGGGGUAUGUUUGGGCCACAUAUGAGUCGAUUGAGACGGAAAUGGCUGCAAUGAGAACUCUCCUGCACAAGAUGGGGAUUGAUAAGGGUUCUCGAGUUGUUGUUAUCAGUGAAAACCGCUAUGAAUGGGUGGUUGUUCACUUUGCAACGCUACAACUUGGAGGCCACUUUGUAGUUUUGCCGACCAAUGUGACUCCCAUGGAGGCACAACAGGUAUUAAAAAGCACGCAGGCUAGGGUGUUGUUUGUUGAGUCUACGUCCUCUUACGCCGCUGUGAAAGGGUGGAUUGGAGAGGUGGGAGAGCUACAACAUGUGAUUUGCUUUGAGGACCAAAUUGGUGAAGGUAGCUACGCUGUGGCAAUCAAUAUAGCAUCGGAUGUGCCGGAAAAAAUUCCUCCACGAAAUGACAUCACCGCGGAGGAUACCGCCAUGAUUAUGUUUACCGCGGGCACUACUGGACCUCCAAAGGGUGUGAUGCUUUCACACCGAAACCUGGUGGCGAACAUUAGUUCCAUUUAUGCGCACGUUGGCGGGGCGCUGACGCACACCGAUUUAUUUAUGUCUUUGUGUUCCUGGUGUGUAGCUGGUGCAAUCACGGUUGAGUUGUAUCAGGCAAUUUGUAAAGGGGCUUGCAUUUGCAUCCCACCUGAACAACUCGAAGGUUUUCAGGAUCUUCCCUUAGUGCAACCAAGUGUCAUUACUUCUGUCGCGCUACCUUUCCAGAGGGCUUAUGCCAAUAUGGUUGACGAUAUCAUGAAUCGUGGUAGUUUAACAAAGGAUAUAACACGGUUUACACUUGGUCGCAUAACAGAAAAUCGACUAAUGCUUCAGAAGCCAGGUCAAAUGCUACGAGUUGCGUCACAUGUAUUGCUUGGAAAGUUCAAGGAACAGUUUGGAAAGGAGCUUCGUAUUGCCUUUAUUAUUGGUAGCCAACUGACGCGUGAUCAGAUGGAAUUGCUGGCAGACCUAGACGUGUUUACUGUAAGCACAUACGGGUGCUUAGAAGCCGGUGGUCUCAUCGCCACCGACAUUGACGUGCCACUCCGUCUCAAGGCGCUUCCAGGUAUCGAGGUUCGUGUUGUGAAUGAAAAGAACGAGAUUGUCGCACCAGGAGAUAUAGGUGAGCUGCUUGUGGAGGCUCCACACGCAAUGCAGGGGUACUUUGACAUACAUAUCGAUCCUGACGAGGCGAAGAAUUCACUUGUUGCUUAUGGUGGUAGGACGUUUGUGCGAACUUCUGACUACGGCUCCGUGACGGGUGGAUGGAUAUCAAUCAAGGGGAACAAGGACGUUCUUAUUACGCUCGCCAAUGGCGCAGUGGUGGAUCCAUUAGAAGUGGAGGGAACACUCAUAAAGAGUCCUUUUAUUAGGCAAAUCUUUGUGCACGGGGAAAACCGCCCUUACCUAACGGCGUUAGUGGUUCCGAAUGCUAAGGCCAUCGCGUCACACCUACGAAAGGUGGAGAGACGAGACGGCGUGCCCAUUGUGAGCGAGCGCGAAAAGGCAGACUGUAUUCGGGCAGAGUUGCGUCGCGUUUCGCAGGGUUUGCCAUCACGGUCACACGUUCGCCGGUUCGUCUUUAUAGAGGAGUGUACCCUGGCUAACGGCUUCAUUACAUGCAAAUAUGGUUUUGCUCGACGGAGAAUCGAGAAACAUUACGUUCACUAUUUCAACGCUAUGUACGAUGAGACGCCAAAAUUCUUUGGGCAUGCUGUGGACGAUUACGACGACUUGUUUUAA